CAUGAAGUAUUCAGUGAUGGUUACAAGAGUGGCACUAUCAACAAAUGAUUAAUUCAAAGUUUUAAUUUAAAUAAAGUGCAUAACUAACAGUUUAAAAUUGAAAAUACCGCUCAUGUAUUUUCAAAGAACUACUGUAGUUAAACAACUAAUCACCAAAGCCCAGAAAACACCACUAAACCACAGUGUGUGUGUGGUUUUGAUUCAUACAUUCAAAUUAAGUCUUGAUAAAGUUCUUAAACAGACUCAGGAUUGUUAUACCAUUUAUUUUAACACAAAUAGAAGCACUCCAUCUGCUAAAGCUAGACGGUACGUUGAGGUUAAUGGAUUUGAAAGCCUCCGAUUGUUAGUAUAUCAGCAGAAUCAUGAGCACACAUGCUUACAUACACUGUCACGUUCAAUUAAACAGUCUAUUUAGAGCACAACACAAUGAACAGGACAUUAAAUGGGGUGGCUGUCAGCUCAUGACCUUGACAGGUCACAUGUCCUAAUGCACAUCACCAAACAGGCCUAUAUUUAUGCCGAGACAGAUUCAUUUGGAAUAUACACAUAUACUAAUAAUACUGAAUUAGUGCACAGAUCUACUUCAAGCAUUGACAUUUGUUCUGAUAUAGGUUUGUGUAGAUGUACUUUAACACAUGGCAUAUCUCUUUAGUUUAAAUAAUAAUAAUAUAGGGGUUAUUUAAUUUUUUUUUGUUUUAGCAAAGUAUCUAUUUCCAUAUAAUAUAGUCUCACAUUGUGAAAAACAAUGAGCAGAUUUUGACAGCUGUCAAUCACACUGUGUUCAUUAAAAAAUACCAGUGCAUACAUAAAUAAGCUAACAAUCAAAAACUACCAUAAAGCAAUUUUUCUUAUGUAAAUCUUUCUAACAACGCCUGAAAAACAACCUGUAUAUUCCUUAUAAACUCAAACUAUUUCCAACUACAACUGAGUGGCGUUGUUGCGCCGGCAGGAGAGGGAGAUGAGAGGGAGAGAGAGGCAGGAAAAACGCUGGAAAAUGCGGACAAACAUGCUAGGAAGAAGCGGCUGUGUUCGAGGGGCACAUCGUGGUGUAAAUGCCCCUCUCGUGCACUGAUUCCUGCCCCGGUUUACCCCGCGAGGACAGCCGCCGGAUCGCACGAGCGUCCCCGGGUUUCCUCUCACUUUAUUGGCAUGCCUUUGGAUCUCAGCGUCGGCUGGUCUCGCUCCCGUCUGACUGCAUCUUAACGCACGGAGGCACGGGCGCUCCGGUACCGCCGAUGGCGUUGCUUAAAUGCUCCCGGUUCCGCUGUCAGCUGCUCGUCGCGUGAAAUCUGGAGGAGAAAAAAAGUGUAAUUAAUAAUUGCAGGAAGAUGGCGCCCACCAAGCCCAGCAUUCAGCAAGACCCUUCCAGAAGAGAACGCGAGCCGUACUGGGAAAGGUCUGCUAAUGCCAGCUCCUGCUCCGCCGCGCGGCCCAAGACACUCCACCUCGGAGGGCAACAACAUACCUCAUCACCAUGGUUGCAGGCUCUGAGGAAGGAGAAGUCACGUGAUGCCGCUCGCUCGCGCCGGGGCAAGGAAAACUUUGAGUUUUACGAGCUAGCAAAGAUGCUUCCUCUGCCCGCCGCCAUCACCAGCCAGCUGGACAAGGCCUCCAUCAUUCGCCUCACCAUCAGCUACCUGAAAAUGAGGGACUUCGCCAACCAGGGAGACCCGCCGUGGAACCUGCGCAUCGAAGGCCCGCCGCCCAACACCUCCGUCAAAGCAAUCGGGUCCCAGCGGCGGCGGAGCCCCAAUGCUAUGGCCUCAGACAUCUUUGAGCCUCACCUCGGCAGCCACAUCCUGCAGUCCCUGGAUGGAUUUGUAUUUGCACUAAACAAGGAGGGGAGGUUUUUGUACAUCUCAGAGACGGUGUCCAUAUACCUGGGGCUUUCACAGGUGGAGCUGACGGGCAGCAGUGUGUUUGAUUAUGUUCAUCCGGGCGAUCAUGUGGAGAUGGCAGAGCAGCUGGGCAUGAAGCUUCCUCCGGGUCGAGGGCUGCUGUCUCAGGGCACUGGGGCCGAGGACGGGGCCAGUUCAGCCUCUUCUUCCUCACACUCGGAGACACCAGAGCCUGUGGAGUCGAGCAGCCCUAGUCUUCUGUCUCCGGAUAACACUCUUGAACGCUCCUUCUUCAUCCGGAUGAAGUCCACGCUCACCAAGAGAGGCGUUCACAUCAAGUCCUCUGGAUACAAGGUCAUCCACAUCACUGGCAGGCUGCGGAUAAGAAUGGCAUUAACGCACAGUCGUUCGGUACCCAAUCAAAUCAUGGGCAUGGUUGUGGUGGCACACGCACUUCCUCCACCAACCAUCAAUGAGGUUCGGAUCGACUGUCAGAUGUUUGUUACACGGGUCAACAUGGAUCUCAACAUUGUCUACUGUGAAAACAGAAUCAGCGACUACAUGGACCUGACACCUGUCGACAUCGUAGGCAAGAGAUGUUAUCACUUCAUUCACGCAGAGGACGUGGAAGGCAUUCGGCAAAGCCAUUUAGACCUGCUGAAUAAAGGUCAGUGUGUGACAAAGUAUUACCGCUGGAUUCAGAAGAACGGAGGUUAUAUCUGGAUCCAGUCCAGCGCCACUAUUGCAAUCAACGCCAAGAACGCCAACGAAAAAAACAUCAUCUGGGUCAACUAUGUGCUCAGUAAUCCCGAGUACAAAGAUACACCCAUGGAUAUUGCACAGCUGCCUAACCUGCCAGAGAAAGCAUCAGAAUCCUCGGAAACAUCCGAUUCUGAGUCUGACUCCAAGGAGAACUCUGAAGACAAUGAAAACUCCAAGUCAGAUGGCAAGGGGAAUCAGUCUUCUGAGAACAGUGAAGAUCCAGAGGCAGACAGUAAGAAACAGACGGGCCGGCCGCCAGAGCAAGAGAUGAGACGACAGGAGGAAGGGGACAGUUCCAGCAAUCCCGAAAGUCAGGACAGCGAUGACAGUCUGGAACCUUCCGACUGUGAAACCGACCACAAGGAGGGUCGUCUGGGGGGUUUACACAUAAAGGUGGAGCAUUAUGGUGAUGGCGAGAUGGAAGGUCUGCAGGACUCGUCCUCUUCUUGCUCCUCUGAAGACGAAGAAGAAGAUGAUGUGGAAGAUAUUGUGAAGGACUGCAACAGUGGAGGAGAGCUGAGCGGGCCAGCGAUGAGUAAACACCAGAAGAGAAAGAAGAGGAGAAAAAAGCAGAAGUGGGAUGGUAGCCGCCAGCGUCUCCGUCUGUCUCCCUCAGCCGCUGCCACCCCCAGCCCUGGCAGUCUAGACCCCACCCUGGGAGACCAGCCGCCCCUCCUGCUUCCACCCUCCCCGACAAGUUCCUCCGUGCUGAAGAUCAAGACUGAGAUGUCGGAACCUAUAAACUUCGACAAUGACAGCAGCAUCUGGAACUACCCACCCAACCGAGAGAUCUCUCGCAACGAGUCCCCCUACAGCAUGACAAAACCCCAUGACACCUUCCCAUCCCCCCCGCCAGCCGGCCUGCAGGUGUCCAUUCCCGAUUCCGUCCUCACUCCACCUGGUGCCGAGAGUGGAGGAGGCAGCAGAAAGCCAAACUUUAAUGGCAACAGUAGCAGCGGCAACAAUAACAAUGCAGCCACCUCCGUGUCCAGUGCAACUUCGGGCAGCUUGGUUCCUCCUUCCAGUUCCACCACUGCUGACCCGCUUUCCCCACCUCUCUCGGCCUCACCACGGGACAAGCAGCAGGGUACGCCAACCUCCUCCGGUUCCCUGCUCUACACUAGUGAUCUGGAAGCCUUGCAGAGGCUACAAGCGGGGAAUGUGGUGCUUCCAUUGGUGCACAGAGUCACAGGUACGCUUGCCGCAGCCACCAGCACAGCUUCCCCACGAGUCUACACCACUGGAACCAUCCGAUACGCCCCGGCAGACGUCAGCCUGGCCAUGCAGGGCAACCUCCUGCCGAACGCCCACACCGCUGUGAACUUUGUGGAUGGACCUGGCUUUGGCAUAGACCCCAAGACACCCAUGGAGAUGCUUUAUCAUCAUGUGCACAGGCUCAACAUGUCCACCCCCUUUGGGGGUGCAGUUAGUGGAGCCGGGCUAACGCAGAUGCCAGCUGCUAACGUCUUCACCACAGCAGAGGGACUGUUUUCCACGCUUCCAUUUCCCGUCUACAGCAACGGCAUCCACAACACACAGACUCUGGAUCGCAAGGAGGAUUGAAGCAAAACAUCGAGACCAUAUUACUGUGUUCAACUGUGUUUAAAAGACUCUUCUGAGGCAAAAGACUGUGUAUCAAAGUUGGGGAAAAGUGAGAUGUUCUAGCACUUUGAAUUUUGAGCAAUUGAGAGCUUGUGUAAUUGACAUGAAUGGUUUCUCUUCCUGUGUCUUUCUAUCUUUCUAUCUCUUUCUCUUUCUUCGUCCUCGCCUCCUCACACAAGUUCUUGAUGACGGUUUCUCUAAAAGGACUAAACAGACUCAUCUCUAUUAUAAAGAGUUCCUUCUGAGCCACAGGGAAUUCAUAGCACUGUAGCGUGUGUUUUCUCUGCGGUGAGCUUAUUUGUCCAGAGUAUGUAACGUCCUCGUUAGGAUGUCCUAAAGGUAUUGGAAGAAGAAAAUUGACAAGAAAGGAAACUGUUCAUAUUUCUAACGGUAUCUCGAUGUAAUCGAGAUCCAUGCUGACAAAAGGAUGUUACCCAACUUGAUGUAGUUCAAAGGGUUUUAAGGUUCUUUCUAAAGGGGGAAUAGUAUUUUACAAAUAACGCUUUUUCUUGGUUUUUUAUAGCUCAACUUAACUUGCAAAUCAUGCAUUUUAAAAAAGCAAUUUUAGCCGGGUAUUGACCUGUGAAUAGAAUGUUAUUACAAAAUCCCAGGACAUGGAACAGGUCAGUGUGAGAUUUUUCCAGUUCCAUCUUCUGUUUGCAGAUCCAUGGUGCUAUCAUUGAGUUACCCUCACUCAGCUGGCUGAUGUAGGUACUGUUCCGGAACUCCAGAAACAAAAUGGCGGCUUCAGAGCUUUUCUACAGAAAAGUCAAACCUCUAACAGACUUGAUUUGUUCUCAUUUUUAUUAGCAUUACGUUGACGGAGAGCAUUUGAACUCAAUCUGAUUGAGUCCGGAAAUGGAUACCGAAAAGUUGAUUGUUUCUUUCUUUUAUGUUAUCUCUCAGUGCAACUGAGACUAAUUUUGCAUCGCAAACUUGAAGAUGAAUGUUAAACUCCACCAGGCUUUGCUCAGAGCUUGUCUCAAUCGUUUGAGAGAUUUUACUAUUCAUUUUUUGGGCUUAAUCGUUUACACUCCCUCUUUAGCUUAAAAGCCUGGUGUCCUUUCCGAAAUCAGCUCCCCUUCAUCCCUUACCCCUUAACUCUCUCUGAAAAAUCACAUAUCAAACGGAGAUUGUAAUAAGGACAUGCAUUUUCAAUCAGAAAUGUGUUUUGAAGAUCCACAUUCCUAAUUUUUAUCCACUGUUGCCAAAAAAAAACUUUGCUCUCACAGUUUGGUGUUAAAACACUGUGAUUUGAUGUUUUAAAAGAAAAAAAAACUAAGUAAUAAUAAAACGGAAGAAUACUGUCACUUCAUCCUUUGACAGCCGUCCAUCAAGUCAUCUAUUACGCAGCGUGAUAACCGUAAACUUGUACAAUGUGUAAGUGUCAUUGGCUGUCAGUCUCCAUAGCAACUUAAGUGUGUGUUACUAUAUGCAGUAUAUACUGAGCUAAUGUAGCUGUUUUGUCCUUUGUCCUCUCUGUGCUAGUCCGGGUUUGUGUUGGGGAAACUUCCGGCUUCUCCUUCCGGCCCCCUUGCAGUCUUAGUGAACCAGUGGAGGUUAGUGGAUUUUGUGUGGUGGCCUUCCAAUGUAGUGUCACCUUUUUUGCUGCUUCCUUUUUGUACGUAUUACUUUUUUCUGUUUCCGCUAUUGCUUUGCUGUCGUGUAGUCUACAGACCUCUCUUUCUCUGUCUUCUCAGAGAUAAAAGACUCUAAACUAGCUCAAAGGUUUAAGGAGCCAUUUUUUUGCCACUGAGGAAUUCUGGGAUUGCAGUUUCCAGCUCAUGAAGCGUGAUGAGGAAUAUAUAUAAAUAUAUAUAUUAAAAAACAAACCGAAGUAGCAUUUAGCCGAGACUGGAACCUUAAAAGCCUCAGAUGUGAAACAUUCCCAGAGUCCCUUGUGCUUCUCUUGUGCAUUGGGUGUAUUUCAUUGGUUUCCACCAAACCUGUUGACUUCAAGGACCCUGCAACUCACAGGAAAUAAUAAUAAUAAUAAUAAUAAUAAUAAUAAUAAUAAUAAAAAGAUGACGGUAGUAUUUCAGGACAAUAAACAAUUUUAAAGAUUUCUAAAGAGAUGACAAAAUAUUUCGCACUAUAAAAUCUAUUUUUAUAGGUGUUUUGGAAAUGCAUGUUUACUAAGUUGAUCGUUCGGUUUACUUGAUUUUGUGUUCGGUCCAGCGGCUUUGUCGAUGUUUAGUGUUUUUUAGUCUGUCCAGCAAAGGGAAAGGGGGAAGGGGGGCCUUCGUCUUUUUACCUAAAUCAGGCUUUCCCCUCCCCCGACAUCAGGAAACUUGUGUCUGUGGUUUCUGUGAAGACGUGUUGUUACUCAAACCCAGGUCAUGAUAUCAAUGUGUUUUUAAAAACGACGGGAACGGUUGCAGGUGCGCCGCUGCUCCAGGUUAACAGGAUCCUAGAUUUUAGCAUUUUGUACAUAGAGCAGAGGGUUUGGGGGAAGCUCCAAAAUAAAAUAAAAAAAUAAAAAAACAGACACUGUGGACCAGGAAAUACACCCAUAUGUUACUAACAGAACAGCCGGGCGAGCUGUCUCAAUGUAUCUGUGUUGUGUCAAAAUGAUUGCUGGUGAUUUAAUCUUAAACUAAUCUCAGCUGCUGUCAGAUAAAUAGUGUUUAAAAUUACAAUAUGAGAAAUCACUUCAUUACCUGUGAAGACUGUGUCUGUGUUUUUAACUAUUUCUUGUACAAUUAUACAGAUUCUUUUAUGAGGAACUUGGUGCCAAGUAGAAGAAUACGGGCGAACGGGGAUUCUCUUAGUAUCAGUGUUAACAGUGUUAUAAAAUUCUAAGUACGAACAAAUUAAAGUAUUAAAAAAGAGACAAACUAUGGUACAUUUUGAUUUUGUUUUUAUUUGUUUUGUUUUCCCAGACGAGAAAAAAAAAACGACUAACUGAAGCUAACUUUGAGUGCCUGGCUUAUUUUCCUUUGUUCAUUUAUUUACCAUGAAUAAUGCUGCAAUUCAAAAAUGUACAUACUUCAUUUUACAACAGGGUUAUUUUAUACUUUUGUAGGUUUUCAUCAGUUAAAGCGACAUGUCAUACAUGGUUGUCUUUCUGUAACACGGUUUUUUUACCAUCUUACAGGUGCCAUAUUCAUAAUAAACUUUUCUUGGAUUUGUUACUAUCUGGCAUCAUUUCUUUUACAUUCUCCUCAUCAUAAGUGAAUGCCGAACAUCAGUGCUUAUUCUUUGCGUUCUUUCUUUUGUGUUCCUCUUUCCCUCCUAUGUUUGUGUCCCGGUCUUUCUAUGAUCUGUAAUCAAAGCCUUUUUUUAGUUACGUACAGGUUUCAGGUAAGGGAAAUAUUCCCAUGUAGCCCUGCUGACUUUUGCUUCCACAUACAAUAAAUGGCAAUCCAGUGCACUUGUACCAAGGCCUUUGUUUUUCUGACAUGUUUUGGCGGUGGCUGAGUGAAUCUCCUUUACUUUGGACAGAUUCUCACGGGUAUUUCUGAUAUGUUUUGGGUUUUUUCCACCUCACGGUAUCUUCACCAGGUUUUCAAUUAGCAGGAAUAUUUCAAUCUGUGUCUUCUAUUAUACUGAUCUCACUGUAACUUCCUACGGCAAAGCUAAAUAAAAGGGGAAAAAUG